AUGUGGAGUUCCAUCAUUGCUUUCUUUUUUUUCUCUGUAUCACUAUGCCAACCGACUUUGAUUUAUAAACGCUCUUACAAUACAUCGGACUUAGUUUCAUUUAACGCUUCGCUUCCCAAUGUCACUAUUUUUGCUAUGGGAGGCACCAUCGCUGGGUCUGCUUCAUCAAGCAGUGAGACUGCCGAUUAUACUGCUGGUGCGGUAGGCGUUAAAGCACUGGUUGAAGCAGUUCCCGCUAUAAAAAAUGUUUCAAAUGUUCGUGGGAUCCAGGUGACUAGCGUGGGCAGUGAAAACUUGACUCCUACAAACGUUUUAAAUUUGACUCAUUUGAUAUUGAAUGAAGUUGCCAAAGAUGAUGUUCACGGAGUUGUCGUAACACAUGGUACUGAUUCUCUCGAAGAAACCGCAAUGUUCUUGGACUUGACUGUAAACACUACAAAGCCAAUUGUGGUUGUUGGUUCAAUGAGGCCAUCUACUGCAAUUAGCGCGGAUGGCCCCAUGAAUUUGUUAAAUGCCGUUUCUGUGGCCGCCUCUGAUCGUUCUGUUGGAAGAGGCACAAUGAUCUUACUUAAUGAUCGUAUCGGAUCUGCCUUUUAUACAACGAAAACGAAUGGAAAUACCCUUGAUACUUUCAAAUCUUAUGAGGCAGGAUUCCUUGGUAUGAUUGUGGAUCAAAGACCUCAUUUCUAUUACACUCCUGCUACACCUGUUGGUAAAGUUCAGUUCGAUGUUAAAAACACCACGGUGUUACCGCAAGUUGAUAUUCUCUAUGGAUAUCAAGGAUUGAAUCCAAAAUUAGCAAAAUCCGCUGUAGACUUUGGUUCCAAAGGUUUGGUUUUAGCUGGCAUGGGUGCAGCUUCUUGGACGAAUCCUGGCAACGAAGUAGUUGAUGGGUUAAUUCGUAAUCAUAGUAUCCCGGUUGUUUACAGUCACAGAACUAUGGACGGAUAUUCUGAUUAUUCCUAUAAUGGAAUUCCCGCUUAUUUCCACAAUCCUCAGAAGGCUAGAUACAUGCUCAUGCUUGCUAUUAAUGCGGGUUACUCUAUUCAAAACAUAACUGACAUGUUCCAACUUGAGUUUUAA